GAUAAUAAUUUGUGAUAUGUUUACUACAAAUUACUAAAUUAGGAAUAGUGAGAAAAGACUGGACGUUUCAUAUUUCCACAUUAUUGUUAUGAAGUGCAUGUGACUAGUAAAUCACAAAAGCUGUAAACCAAUAACUCAACCAACAACAAUAUUAGUUUUAUAUCAACAUAAUGUGUGCGAAACGAGUAUUACUAAAAUUCAUGACAUCAGCAUAUAUGUUGAUGAUUAAGCACCAAUAUUCAGUCUUUGCGCUGAUCUUACUUAAUCAACUAUAUCAUGGGGCCUAUGCUGACAUAGAACCGCAGCCGAACUUGAACUAUGAUGACGCGACGAUUCCGACGGUGCCGGAUAAAAGUCAUGCGUCUACCACCGACAACAAAUCUUCGUCAUUCGUCACAGAUCUUGGCUUCAUUCAUGCAUUUGUUGCAUCAAUAUCGGUGAUUUUAGUAUCAGAACUGGGCGAUAAAACUUUCUUCAUUGCUGCUAUUAUGGCCAUGCGACAUCCCAGAUUAGUGGUGUUUUCUGGUGCAAUAGCGGCAUUAGGUUUAAUGACUGUGUUGUCGGCUGUGUUUGGUAUGGCUGCAACAAUUAUUCCAAGAAUUUACACGUAUUAUAUCUCAACGGCACUUUUUGCCAUUUUCGGUUUAAAAAUGUUAAAGGACGGCUACUAUAUGUCGCCGACUGAUGCACAGGAGGAGUUGGAGGAAGUACAAUCGGAUUUGAAAAAACGGGAAGAUGAGCUCCUUAAAACAAUGAAAGAUGGACCGUCUCCAAAAUCACUGUCCACAUCGGUUACAGUUGAACCACUCGAUGAUGAAAUUGAUGUGAAUGGACGUACUGACCAACAACCAUCUACAUCGAUUGGAUUACUGAGACAAGUUAGACAUUCUGGAAAUGAUUUGGAAAAUAAAUCCAAUUCGAAUGGUGAUCUGAAUUCAAUUGAGUUGAAACAAUUGAAUAAGCCAAAUAAUCGGUUUGAAAAAGAAUCAGCAUCAACAUUGGUUCAUGAUCCGGAAACCGGCAGUAUUCACAAAACGAAAAAUCGAAACUUCGGUUUCAUGACAUCUCGUAUAUUAAUGCAGGCAUUUACAAUGACAUUUUUAGCCGAAUGGGGUGAUCGAUCUCAGUUGACGACAAUAAUAUUGGGUGCUCGUGAGGACGUAUAUGGUGUGAUUGUAGGCGGUGUCUUAGGACAUUCAAUAUGUACGGGUUUAGCUGUUAUCGGUGGUCGAAUGAUUGCACAGCGCAUAUCGGUUCGGACAGUUACGUUGGUUGGCGGCGUAGUUUUCCUGCUGUUUGCGCUGAGUGCAUUGUUUUUCAGUCCCGAUGAAGAGAAACCAGCCAUGAAUCCUUAAUUUAUUUUUGUUACAUCUAUCCCAACGAUAUAUUUAGAAACUAUGGAAAGCGGAAAAGUAUAUUCGUCUAAAACAUUUAAUUAGAAAAAUUAUUUUAUGUAUUUUUCGUACAACUUGACAAACUGUUUCAAUUUACAAUAAUUGAAAAAAUAUAGUGAAUUGAACAUCAAUAAAAUUGUGUCAAAAUUAACAGAGUAAAGCAAAUGAUGAAAUUCCGUUGUGGAAGUGCC